AUGCGUUCCUUCACUUUCUUCGCCACCCUCGCCGCUGCCGCUCUCUCUUUGGCUGCUCCCCUCACCAACGGUUACCCUGAUGACUCUGCCGUUGCUGUUCGAGGCGGAGACCGCACUGUCCCUGAUGUCCUUGUUGACUUGGUUGCCAAGGUCAAGGUUGAUCUUGACCCCUUCCAUUAUAUCACGAAGGACAAUUGCACCUACGAUAACGUUGCUCCUGUCGUUGUCAAGGUCAAGGUCGAUAUCCAACUCGCCAUUGACGAGUGCACUUCGAUCAUCACAAACCACGGUGUCUACGGACAAGAUGGUGACACUCCUACCGGUGUUCUUGCCGUUAUCCUUUCGCUUGGAGCAAAGGUUUUGGUCUCUGUUGACAUUGCUGGCCUCCUUGCCAAGCUCCUGAUCGUCAUCUGCGGCGCGCUUCAUCUCGUGAUUAAAGUUGUCGCUGAAGUCGACAAGAAAGUUAUCUUCGGGCUCCUCGUCGAAGUCCUUGUCCUGGUCUGCGCAUUGCUCAAGAUUGUCCUCGGUCUCCUCGCUGGCAUCCUGGCCUGCCUCCUUCCUUUGAUCAUCGAGAUCAAGGUUGUUGUCGACCUCCUCGGCUGCCACGAUAUCUUCGCUGCUAUUGGUAUCUACCUCCUCUAA